ACUUCCAUUUGAAUGUUUCUUUAAAGCUCCAUUAUUGGGUUCAAAACCUUCAGACUCAGUGUAGACUAUUCCAAGGAAGAAGCGAUGUUCCAGUAUGGGAUUCUGACCCUACUUUUUGUUUCUCUUUUUGUUACUGUUCGAUGUACAGAGCUAAGCUCUGUCACUGAUAUUGAGGCCUUGAAGGUCUUCAAGGAUUCAAUCACUCAUGAUCCAUUUGGUGCACUGGCAAACUGGAUAGAUGCUAACCAUUACCGCAACUGGUCUGGCAUUACUUGUGAUUCAUCUUACCAUGUCAUUUCUAUCUCUCUGCUUGCGAAGGAACUCCAAGGCAAGAUCUCACCAUUCCUGGGAAACAUUUCAAGCCUCCAGGUUCUUGAUUUAUCCUCAAAUUCUUUCACAGAGUCCAUUCCUUCUCAGUUGGGUUUUUGCUCGAAGCUCACCCAAUUGAUCUUCUUCAACAAUUCUUUGUCUGGCACAAUCCCAAAGGAAUUAGGCAACCUCAGAAACCUGCAGGUACUGGAUUUCGGGAAUAACUUGCUGAAUGGAGAUAUCCCUGAAAAUGUUUGCGGCUGCACUACUUUGACUGCUCUUGGCUUCAACACCAACAACUUCAGUGGUACAAUCCCGUCUUGCAUCGGUAAUUUAGUUAAUCUUCAGGUUUUUGUAGCUUAUACAAACAACUUGAGAGGUUCUAUACCAGUUUCCAUUGGUAGGUUGUCAGCUUUACAAACUUUAGAUUUGAGUGAAAACCAGUUUUCAGGGAAAUUACCUUCUGGGAUUGGGAACUUGACAAACUUACAAUAUCUCUCAUUUUGGGGAAAUAUUUUGAGUGGGGAAAUCCCGCCUGAAAUAGGGCAUUGCCACAAGCUUGUGGAGCUGGACCUGUACAGCAAUGCACUCAAUGGAAGCAUUCCUUCUCAGCUUGGAGAACUAGUCAACAUAGAAGUAUUAAGGUUGUUUGAUAACCAUUUAUCCUCAACAAUCCCUGCAUCCAUAUCCCAGUGCAAAUCGUUAAUUCAUCUGGGCCUUUCGCGUAAUGAGUUAACUGGAACAAUACCUUCCGAGCUUGGAUCUUUGGCUUCGUUACAAGUUCUCACUCUGUUCUCUAAUAACCUGAUGGGCAAGAUCCCUUUGUCAUUGAUGAACUUGCAAAACUUAUCAUAUCUGCACUUAGGCAUGAAUUCCCUUGGAGGGGAGAUCCCGUCCAACAUUGGUUCCCUCUAUAAGCUGGAGAAAUUGUUCUUAUAUGGCAACCUCCUAGAGGGUCCCAUCCCAUCAGAGAUUGGCAAUCUAAGCUUAUUGGUCACCUUGCAACUUGGUCUAAAUAGAUUGUCAGGUAGCAUUCCUCCUACAAUGUCAAAGCUAUCGCUCCUUCAAGGACUUACCCUGUUUGGGAAUAAUCUAGAAGGUGCAAUUACUGAGCAAAUUUUUGAACUGAAACAGCUAACUGUACUUGAUUUGAGUCUCAACAGUUUUACUGGUCCAAUUCCAGAUGCUUUCUCUAACUUCCAAUUUCUUUCAGUCUUGAACCUCCAUGGGAACAUGCUUAAUGGGUCUAUCCCAAGAGGCAUGGACCAGCUUGAUCAUCUUACUCUCUUGGAUUUGUCAAACAAUCACCUCACAGGAUCUAUUCCUGAAUCUGUAAUAGCAGGCAUGAAAAGCAUGUCCAUUUAUCUCAACUUAUCACACAAUUACCUGGUGGGGUCCAUUCCAGUAGAGCUUGGAGAGUACCAAAUGGUUCAGGCAAUUGACAUUUCGAACAAUAAUCUUUCAGGAAAUAUCCCCUCUGCACUUGGAGGCUGCCAAAGCUUGUUUUCGCUUAAUCUGUCAAGGAAUGCUCUAUCUGGUCAAAUUCCAGCUGAAUUUUUGUCUCAAUUGGGUUCUCUAUCAUACUUGAACCUUUCCUGUAAUUAUUUAGAUGGUGAGCUCCCAGGGAACAUUGGAGAUCUCAAGCAUCUGAACAUCCUUGAUCUCUCUAGGAACAAAUUAAACGGUACAAUCCCUGAAAACUUUGGGAAUCUUUCUGCCUUGACAUAUCUCAACCUUUCUUUCAAUAAACUUGAAGGUCCCGUUCCGAAAGCUGGCAUAUUUAGACACCUUGAUGCGUCUAAUCUGGAAGGAAACCCUGGUCUCUGUGGAACCAAUUUUCUCACACCUUGCAGAAAUUCAAGCAACUUACAUACACCUCAUCGGUUCUCCAAGAAGGCUGCGUUAAUUCUCAUUGUUCUUGGAGCCAUUGUUAUAUGCUUAAUUCUGAUUAGUGCAACGUUUAUCCUUCAUCAAUGCAUCAAAAACAGAAAAUCUAAAGACAUUGAACCUCUAGAUGCAUGUAAUUAUUUGUCUCCAACCAUCAAGAGGUUUGAUCCAAGGGAGUUGGAAAUUGCUACGUGCUUCUUCAGCGAAGAGAAUGUGAUUGGUAGCAGUGCCAUGAGCACUGUGUUCAAGGGCAACCUGGAAAAUGGGCAAAUUGUUGCUGUGAAAACAUUGAAUCUCCAACGAUUCUCUUCCGAGUCUGACAAGUGCUUCAAAAGAGAAGUUGAGAGCUUGAGCCAUUUGAAGCACAGGAAUCUGGUCAAGGUAAUAGGGUUUGCUUGGGCGAGUGGGAAGCUGAAGGCUUUGGUUCUGAAAUACAUGGAGAAUGGGAGCUUGGAAAACAUUAUACAUGAUCCAGGACUAGAUCGGUCAAGGUGGACACUUUCUGAGAGGAUGAAUGUAUGUGUAUCUGUUUCUCAUGGAUUGGAUUACUUGCACUCAGGUUUUGAUUUCCCAAUUGUUCACUGUGAUCUGAAACCUUCCAACAUUCUUUUGGAUGGAGACUGGGAAGCACAUGUGAGCGAUUUUGGGACUGCUCGCAUGCUUGGUGUUCAUCCCUAUGCUGAAGUCAGCCUUUCCACAACAUCAGCCUUUGAAGGAACUAUUGGGUAUUUGGCACCAGAAUUUGCAUACAUGAGGAAAGUUACCACCAAGGCAGAUGUUUUCAGCUUUGGGAUAGUAAUAAUGGAGUUGCUUACAGGUAAAAGGCCAACAGGAACCAUUGAAGAGAAUGGAUUGCCAAUCACCCUAUGUCAAUUUGUGGAGUUGGCGCUCGAAGAGGGAAUCAAUAAACUUCUUCAUGUGGUAGACCCGGAUCUAGCUUCGAGUAUCUCCACGAAACAAGAACAGGAAAAACUAGUCAAGCUCUUUAAAUUGGCCUUGUCUUGCACCUGCCCAGCACCGGAGGAACGGCCAAACAUGAAUGAGGUGUUGUCAUCCCUUUGUAAGAUAAGUCAGAGUAUAACAGGAUCCAGUUCCUGAUGUUUUCAAGUGGAGAAGAUAAGAAUGAGCUCAAAGAAAGCUGUAAGAAUUCUUGAUUGAUAAAGAUGGGGUCAAAGCUGUGACCAUGGCAAGCAUUGUAUUGCAAUAUGACUGGAGUCAACUACUUUCAGGGGGUGAGAGCCAUUGUUGUAAA